AUGUCUGGAGCUACGAUUUCUCUCCCUCCUGCUCCAUCCGUUCAUCUGGGACGUGGUGUCGUCUUGCAAUCCCCGCUUUCUCGCUGCGGUCAAGGACCCGGCCUGAUCAUCCUGCGGCCCAGCAAAUAUGCAGACUGCCAACGCCAAAAUGAGAGUCUUGAUCCAGAGCCGAUCAAGAAAUGGGCCGAAGAGAGCUAUACGGUGGUCCAGAUCAGUCUGGAUGAGGAGUCAAGUGGUGACAAGAUCUGUGUCCUUGAACUUGUGCGAACUGCAGUAGACGCUUUGGUCUCGUUGCCCAAAUGCGACCCGAAUGACAAGAUUGGACUUUUAGUGUAUGGCUCCCAGGCAGACUAUGCGGACUCCUUCGCGGGAACGCUCUAUGACGUCGCGGCAUCAAGUGAAAGCAUCGUGGCCGCAGUGUACUUUGAUAUCUGGGGCUCAUUCAUCGGCAAGCCAGUUCUCUUACAUGUUCCAGGAGGCCCUAAUAAUAUGCAAAAGCAUGAAGGCUUCACGGGUUAUUCGUAUCCUGAAGUGUCCUCUUCAGGCUUUGUUAUUCCGGGCCACCCAGAGUUCAAGCUCUCUUCGGCCGGGAUCGCGCACAGCCGAAACUUGGGUUUUUUCAAAAAGCAUAUGAAUGCUCCUUACUUUGACCUAGAGAAGAUCUGGGAAGAGCACACAUUGUAUGAGUUUGGGGAGCGAUCUGUUGAAAAGACUAUGGCAACUAUGGUGCCGGAGCCAUAUGUGAAUCAUAUUCCGACGCUGACUGGGGGAACCGGUCAUGCACGGCUAAGCAAUUUCUAUCUCAACCAUUUCAUCUUCAACAACCCCGAUGACACAGCACUUGAGCUGAUCAGUCGGACGGUCGGCAUUGACCGGGUUGUGGACGAGUUCAUUUUCUGUUUUACGCAUAAUAAGCAAAUGGACUGGAUGAUCCCUGGUAUCCCGCCAACAGGGAAGGCACUCCGCGUACCAUUCACAUCCGUCGUCAACAUUCGAGGAGAUCGACUGUAUCAUGAGCAUAUAGCAUGGGAUCAGGCCACAGUGCUCGUGCAACUGGGACUGAUGCCCGAAUACCUGCCAUAUCCCUAUGCUCUUCCCGGUGGACAGCAGCCGGCUCCAGGGAAGCGAUUCGAGUAUCGGGUGCCCGCUGCAGGAGUUGAGUCUGCAGAAAAGCUGGCAAACGAGCACAUGGUGUCAUCCAACCAGAUGUUCGAAUAUAAAGUUCGAGAGGUUGACAACUAA